AUAAACCAGAACUUAAUCGAAAUUUAUUAGUAUGUCUUCAGGACAAAGGGUAGAAACAACUUAUUUUCAUUAACUUUUAAUUCUACAAGUUUAUUUUCUUUUUUGUAAAUAAAAAAAAAAUUUAUCGCAAAAUUUUGAGGAUUGCCAAAACAAAAAUGAACUACUUAUAUUUUGGAUUUUUUGUAAAUUUUUUCAUUUUACUACCAGAAAUUAAUAGUAUUAUGAUCAAUGAAAGAAAUCUAUUAAUAAAAAGUUUGUAUUUCGAAUUUUGUCCAACAGCGUUAACUAUUUUCGAAACUGAUGAAUUUCCGAAAAAUAUUCUAAAACCAAUUGAAACAAAUGUGACAAAUAUUUCAGAAAUAAAAUGUUUAACCAUAAAAAAUAAGCAAAUUAAAAGCAUUGUAAAUUCUGCCUUUGAUAAUAUUCCUAAUCUAACAUUGUUAAAUCUUCAAAAUAACGAGUUAAUAGAAAGAAAUAUAAAUUUUGCAUCACAAUUAAAACAAUUGAAAAUCCUCAUACUGGAAAAUGCCUACAAAAAAGAUGAAAACAAUAAUGAAUUUAUUGCAAAUAUUUCUUCACCAAAACUUGAAGUAUUAUUAUUAGGAAACAACAGUAUAGAUAAAUUUCAACUCACUAACGGCGAAACUCUUAAAGUUCUCAAUUUAGACAACAAUAAUUUAACUGAAAUUCCAACAAUGAAAAAUGGAGAAAAUUUAAAAUUUCUCUCAAUUAAUUAUAAUAAAAUUGAAACUGUGAAAAUGGAGAAUUUUCCAAAUUUAUUCAAUUUAAAAACAUUGAGUCUUUCAUUCAAUAAAAUAAAGAAUUUAAAUUUCAAUUGUUUCAAUAAUAUCAUAAAUUUAAAGAAUCUUCAUCUUCAAGGAAAUAAUUUAAAAACAAUAUUCUAUUCUUCAUUUCGUUUACUAACACAACUUGAAUAUUUAAAUUUGGCAAACAAUGAAAUCACACAAUUUGAUGGAGAAAUUAUUGAAAAUAAUCAAUAUCUAAAAACUAUUAAUCUCAAUAAUAAUAAAUUAGAAGCAUUUCCAAAAGUGAAAAAUGUAUCUAAUUUAGAAAAUUUAAAAUUAAUGGACAAUAAUAUUAAAACAUUGAAUCAAAAUGAUUUACAAGCAUUUUCAAAAUUAAAAAAUUUAUAUCUACAAUGUAAUAAUAUCACAAAUGUAACAAAUAAUACAUUUUCUAAUUUUAAAAAUUUACGACUUCAUUAUCUUCAUGGUAAUAACACAUUCUGUCAAAAUUAAAAAAAAAGUUAUUAUAACAAUUUAUUUAAAUUUAUUAUAACAUUUUUUUUUAAUUUAUUAAAAUUGUAAUCCACUUUUUUUUAUCUGCGCU